GCGCCGUUUCGCUACGAGAUGCGCACGGGCGAGGACGGCGCCGUGGAGAGGGUCGAGUCCACGCGCCAGAAGGGCCAGCUGAAGGCGCCCACGCCCGACCAGAAGAGCACAGACUUGGCGACUGGUGUCUUCCCUGGCGGCGACGAGUGGACCAUCCCUACUUUGACCAUCGGCGAGCAGGUGGGCACCAAGCCGACCGCGGGCUCAGGGGCGCCUCUUCCAGGUAAUGGCAAAAAGUCGGGCAAGAUCAACGAGUUCAUUUUCAAGAAGGCGGACAGGGGCAUCGUGCAGAUGAUCUUCAAGAACGAGGCCAGCACGCAGUUCUACCAGCUGAAGGCGGUCAAGUCCGACGACGACGGCGCGAUCUGCCAGAUGAUCGUGAAGGGCUUCGACGAGGCCAAACUUACGGCGGCGCAUGACUUCAUGAAGAAGCUCGGUGAGCAGUACGCAGAGAGCAACGGCUCCAUGGGCAAGCAGAAGGCCAAGAAGCUGAAGGACGAGUGGCUGGUCAGCAACAGCGACGCCGCGGCGGCGCCCAAGACCUCGCCCAAGGACCCGCCCGCGGCCGCGCAGGUCGCACCCGGUGGCGACGACGAGGAGGGCGCGGUGGCCGAGACGCGGAAGCGCCCAGCAGCAGCGGCGGUGAGCCCCGUGCUGGUGACCCCCAAGAAGGCGGCGAAGAACCCAGCGGCGGCGGAGUCCUUGGAGCCAGCGGUGGAGACCUCGGAUGAUGACAUCCCGAGGGCCGACGACUGCGGCUCGAAGCUGCCGUGGAGCAAUUGGGGCCCUGCUCCCACGUUCCCGUGCAAGUAG